UACAGUUCCAGGAUACAAGUACAGUUGUAACUUUACUAAAAGUUACAUCAUUUAUUACCAGUCUACGCGGGGAAAAUGAUUGUGUUUUGUACUAAACCGGUGUCACCGGUAAUAAACGACCGUGUUCAUGUACUCGUUGUAGACACAUUUCAAUGUCGGGACCAGAAGUUGUGGUAUUUACUUUAAAUUCAUUUAGUUUGGACGUUAUCUCGUUGACUCAAACUUGCGUUUCCCGCCAAUCUACAAUGUUUAACAAGCAGAAUAUCCCGACAAACUCGAAAUUCAAACGUACAGUGCCUACGACAUUGGGGAUGUUUGAUGACUCUGAUUUGAAUAAGGUACACUCAACACCGUCUCCACCAAGACAGAAAUUAUUACGGAGGCGAGGUGAAGUUGUACAGAAAUUGAACUUGGCGAGAAGAACAGUCCCUGAUCACUUACUAGUAGUGUCACUCAUAGAACAGCUGUGUUCAUUGUAUGAAGCAGACAACAGGAGAUCCAGGAAGUUAUUCAAGUUCAUCUGUGAUCAACUGACAAUAAUGGAGAUCUUACCACCGCUGUAUCAUCUGGAUGAGUUUAGUCGUAUGAGAGCACAGUACAAGAUGGCAUUAUCCAAUAUAAUGAAGGUUGCAGUCGCUACAUUUCCCAAAGAUCCAAGGCACAUAGUAUUACCAUCAUCUUUGCCUGAAAGAGCUAUGAUGCUAUUUGAAAACAGCAACCCUGUGGACGCUCACAUACAUGUGGACAGAGAGGGUUUAUUUAAUGCAUUUGUAUCUCGAUAUAAUGAAGAGUUUGUAGAGUUGGUGCAACUAGGGAAAGGUGGCUUUGGCUCUGUCUAUAAGGUUAAAAAUAAGUUGGAUGGUCGAGAAUAUGCUGUGAAGAAAAUAAAAUUGAAAGAUAACAAUCCGGAUAUGUGUUUGAAAAUUUUGAGAGAAGUGCGCCUGUUAGCCAGUAUGCAUCAUGGUUGUAUUGUUGGUUAUAAUGCUGCCUGGUUAGAGAGAAUAUCACAUAGGAAAAUACUAAGAAGUCACUCACACAGCCCACAUGCUUUGCCAGCCUUAGAAAAUCACUCAGACUCGCAUACUAGCUCUGAUGGUAUCAUUUUUGAAAGAGGAUCACAGCAUUCAACAGUGUUUAUCUCAACGUGUGAAGAAAAGUUUGAUAGCUCGCAUGAACAAAUUAUUAAUAAUAGGGGAUCCAUUGAUAGUUCUGACUUGAGUACUAAACCGGAGAUGUGUAAUUCUGAAGACAGUUUUGAAACUCCUGUGAAUUCGCCAUCUGUUACAAGUGUCUUUCACUCGGCUAUGGCGUCACGAGUGGAUACAGUAAAACUGGAAUCAUCCGCCGUUGAAUGCACUUCAUAUGCGAAGAGUAUUCACAUUAUAGACAGUGCACAACUCUCGACCCAAGCUUGUGAAGCAAUAAUCAGCGAAACGAGGAUUCAUAUUAAAAACACUAAUGACAUUACUGAGUACUGUUGCCAUGGUGACGUUGAAAGGGACGCUAAUUCUAUGCAAGAUUGUAAAACUACUGACUGUGUUGUAAAUGAUAUCAUCACCGGACGUCCAAUGAACAGACACAACAUAGAAAGGCAUGUACAUUAUGGGAAUUGUACCGACUCCGGUUCAAUGCAUGAUAGUUGUAGUUGGGAACCGGAGAGCUGUGAUCAUUAUCCGCAGCACAAAAAUGAAGGUUAUUAUUCGGAUGAUGGCGUCAAUUAUGAUGGUACUGUCAGCGAGUUUAAUCAACUGAAAUAUGGUAUUAUGUUAUUUAUUCAAAUGCAGCUUUGUUCCCACACAUUGAGGGAGUGGUUGGUGGAAAGGAAUACAUCUGUCUCUCCCACUGCAGAUCCUUUCUCGGUAGUUAAUGAAGAGACAAAUAUGGGAAUAUUUAAGCAAAUCUUAGAAGGUGUCAAUUACAUUCAUUCUCAGGGAUUGAUGCACAGAGAUCUGAAGCCAAGGAAUAUAUUUCUCGAGAAAGCAGACAACUGUAUUCGUAUUGGUGAUUUUGGUCUUGCCAGGGAAGGCGUGAUUGAUGUUGAAGUGCCACUGACACCGCUUCACCAAGGUGUAUACAGUACAGACAGCAGUCACACAUCUGGUGUGGGUACAUGUACCUAUGCUUCCCCAGAACAGUUGAAAGGCUCCUUCUAUGAUAAUAAGUCGGACAUGUACAGUCUAGGCAUUAUACUUUUUGAACUUUUCCAUCCAUUUGGUACCGAGAUGGAAAGAUUCAAACAUCUAACUGCCAUCAGGGAGGGUGACAUUCCGCCAAUCCUCAAAGAACAAUGGCCCCAUGUAUGUGAUGUCAUAGAGAGACUAUUGAGCAGAGACAGUCGUGCCAGACCCAGCGCCAAGGAGAUCUUACAUAGUGAACUUUACAGGAGCAAAGAUGAGAUCAUCGAGGAGCUGCAUCAAUUGUUAUCUGAGAAAGACAGUAAACUGAUGGAGAAAGAGAAGGAGCUGACGGAGCUGAAAAGAGAACUGAGGAAAAAGGAUGAAAUGAUACAGAAGUUGCAGGAGAUGAAAUUGAAAUAAUGUCAUUAUUCCCUUGUUCGAUAGGAUGA